AAGAAAAGAAAAAGUGGGUUUCAUAUCUCUCCUCACUUCACUGUAUUGCGUAUUCUCUUCUGAUGAUCUUAGGUGGUUCCUCCCCACUAACUUCGAAGAGGAGAAGAGUCACCAACAUUUAUUCCAUGGACACCAACACUGAAGCUGCUAAGGCCAAGCUUGCAGCUAUCAAAGAAAGAUUUGGACGAGAGAUCCAUGUUUUUGAAACAUCAACACUUUGUCCAUCUUCAAAUGAUGCAUCAUCCAACGGAGACGAGACUGAUGACUUCUAUGAGUUUACUGCUGAAGAUUAUUACCGAAUUUUGGCUACUAAAAAGGAAGAUAAAUUCUUGAAGACUCGAAAAAUCCGGGAAGCAGAAGAGGCAUCACGUAGGUCCAGAAUAACCAAGGCUGUAAUUAGAGUUCGCUUCCCUGAUAAUCACACAUUGGAGGCUACCUUCCACCCAUCAGAAACAAUGCAGAGUUUAAUUGAUCUCAUGACUAAAGUGAUUGCACAGCCAGAACAACCAUUUUAUAUAUAUACUACUCCGCCCAAGAAGUUGAUCAGUGACAUGUCUCAGGAUUUUUAUAGGGCUGGCUUUUGUCCUGGUGCCAUCGUGUACUUCUCAUACAAUGUUUCAAAAGGUGAUAGCACCGUGGUUGACCGUGUUGGUCCUUACCUAUGCGAAGAGAUCUUGUCUUUGAAGGGUUUGGAUGUUGCUAGUGAUCAAGGCCAGCAAUCUGAGCCUGCUCAGUCUGCACCAGAGCCUGUUGAGGCAACACAACCCCCUUCUGUCGAAGAGCGUAAACCUGCUGAGAAAAAGUUGGUUAAACCAAAGUGGCUAAAAAUGUGAUAUCACUUUCCUAGAGGGAUGUGGUCAUUGUUGCAAAGGAGCUUCACUUGUGCUCUAUAUAUAUACGUAUAAAUGGGUCAUUGAGGUUACCCAUGUGGCUAUAUUAGAGUUACAUCUUAAUUAUCAUGCUAAGUUCACAAGAAUACAGCAUAGUUGCUUUUGCUUUUCCUUUUUUUACUUUAUUUUUCAUAAAGUUGUAGAUAAUGUUUGAAAACGUUGGAUAAAUUUCUUUUGGUGAAU